CCAAUGGCCUCCCAGUUUCUAUUUUGGGCAUUCAUUGCCAUAACUUGUUCCAUUGCUUUGGCAACUGAUCCAAGUUCUCUUCAGGAUUUCUGCGUGGCUGACCCAGUAAGAUCAGGUAUACCAGUGAAUGGCCUCGUUUGCAAGGACCCCAAGUUUGUUGAAGCCAAUGACUUCUCCUUCAGUGGCCUUCACCUAGCAGGCAACACAUCAAACACAGUCGGUUCACAUGUGACCCCAGUCAAUGUAGCCCAAAUUGCAGGACUUAACACUCUUGGCAUCUCCAUUGCUCGUAUUGAUUAUGCACCGUGGGGUGUUAAUUCUCCACACACACAUCCUAGAGCCAGUGAAGUCUUGACAGUUCUUGAAGGGAGCCUCCAAGUAGGCUUUAUCACCUCCCACCCCGAAAACCGUCUCAUCACCAAGAUACUUCAUGUGGGUGAUGUGUUUGUGUUCCCAGUAGGCCUUUUGCAUUUCCAGCGCAAUAUUGGAUAUGGUAAUGCAGUUGCCAUUGCAGCUCUCAGCAGCCAAAAUCCUGGUGUUAUUACCAUUGCAAAUGCAGUGUUCGGAUCGAAUCCUGACAUCUCUAGUGAUGUUCUUACAAGGGCUUUCCAAGUGGACAAGGACACAAUUUACAAUUUCCAGUCAAGGUUUUAGACUCCAAGAUGGAAUCUGCUCUAUUGAAGUCAAAAGGGACUGAGAGUUUAUUUGAGAGUGUCUAACGUGUUUUUUUUUUUUUUUUAAUUAUAAAGAAAACGUACGGUUCGUGUUUAUUGUCAAUAAGCAAUCUAAACCAAGUUGAUAUAUAUAUAUGUUUUCUUGUUUUUAUUAUUUUGCUUGCUUUGUUUAGCCCUUUGCUGUGGGGUGAUCUGCUCUGUUUUGGCCUGGUUGCUCUUUGGGCCCGGCUUUGCUUCAUUUAGGUUAACUUUGUUCAUUUUUUUAUAGCUCAAUAUACAACACCAAACCAAGCUCCACCAGAGAUCUUUUGUUUCCACAACCUCUCAUUAUAGCAUUUCCGUGAUCAAGUAGCCAAAGGCUUUUUCGUGUGACAAAAUAAGUAGAUUCUCACACAACAAAUAAAC